AUGUCUGAAAAGGCUGUUAGAAGGAAACUCGUUAUUAUUGGCGAUGGUGCUUGUGGAAAAACAUCUUUACUAUAUGUAUUUACAUUAGGCAAAUUUCCAGAACAAUAUCAUCCUACUGUAUUUGAAAAUUAUGUCACUGACUGCAGAGUAGACGGAAUAAAAGUGUCUUUAACUCUUUGGGAUACAGCAGGACAAGAGGAAUAUGAACGUCUGCGUCCAUUUUCAUAUUCAAAAGCAGAUAUAAUACUGAUCGGGUUUGCCGUAGAUAACUUUGAGUCACUAAUUAAUGCCAGAACAAAAUGGGCGGAUGAAGCCUUACGAUAUUGUCCCGACGCACCAAUUGUUCUUGUGGGUCUAAAGAAAGAUUUAAGACAAGAAGCCCACUUCAAAGAAGAUGCCGUAGACGAAAUGGUUCCCAUUGAUGACGCAAAACAAGUUGCAAGUGCCAUUGGUGCCAAAAAAUACAUGGAAUGUAGUGCACUGACUGGCGAGGGUGUCGACGAUGUUUUUGAAGUGGCUACAAGAACAAGUUUACUUAUGAAAAAAGAACCAGGGGCAAACUGUUGCAUAAUCUUAUAA